CCUCAGUGUAGUGCAGCGAGAGUCUGUUUGCACAAGCGGCUGAAGAGAGAAGCACAACACUUCAAAUAUGAUGCCUGCAGUUAAUCUCAGUAAUGGGGCAAAGAUGCCCAUUGUUGGUCUGGGAACAUGGAGGGCAGACCAAGGAAAGGCCGGCGAGGCAGUCAAAGUGGCUAUAAGUGCUGGUUACAGGCACAUCGACUGCGCUCUCGUGUACCAGAAUGAAGAAGAACUCGGGGCUGGGAUCCAUGCAAUGAUCGAUCAAGGAGUCGUAAAGAGGGAAGACCUCUUCAUUGUCAGUAAGCUGUGGUGCACCUUCCACCUUCCAUCUCUGGUGAGGAAAGCAUGUGAGAAGACCCUCAGGGACCUGAGACUCGACUACCUGGACCUCUACCUCAUGCACUUCCCUAUGGGAGUCAAGCCGGGCGAUGACCUUUUUCCGUUAGACGAGCACGGCCAGGUCAUUGCGGACGACAGCGACUUCUUGGACACUUGGGAGGCUAUGGAGGACCUGGUGGAUGCCGGGCUGGUCAAGGCCAUUGGCGUCUCCAACUUCAACAAAGACCAGAUCGAAGCCAUACUCAACAAACCAGGCCUCAAGUACAAGCCCGUCAACAACCAGAUUGAAUGUCAUCCAUACCUGACCCAGGAGAAGUUGAUCAACUACUGCCACUCAAAGGGCAUCACAGUGACCGCCUACAGUCCACUGGGUUCCCCUCACAGACCCUGGGCUUCAUCUGACGACCCCCAUCUUCUAGAAGACUCUAAAAUCAAGGCAAUUGCUGAAAAAUACAAGAAGACUCCAGCACAGGUCCUCAUCAGAUUCCACAUCGAGAGGAAGGUGAUUGUCAUUACAAAGUCAGCGACGCCCCAUCGAAUCAAGGAAAACCUACAGUUGUUUGACUUUGAGCUGAGCGACGAAGAUAUGAAGACCAUGCUGAGCAUGGACAAGAAUUUGAGAGGAUUCCCGAUGCCAUGGGCCACCAAACACAAAGACUUCCCUCUGAACUCGGAAUACUAACUCAUCGGACAAACCGCUGUAUCGGACACGCAUCCACCCUCCCACUUAUGUGGAACACUCUUUAUAUAAUGCACACGAGUCAGAAAAAGAAGGGCACUCUGAAACCACAUACCUCCUCCAAGACUAAUAUCUCA